AAGACUACUUAAAGAACUCAAAGACUACCAAAAAGAACUUAAUCUAGAUCUCGUUGAAUUGUCUCCGAUACAAGAAGAUAAUAUUUUAGUCUGGAAGGCAAUUUUGCGAGGAGAAGCUGAUACUCCUUACGAAGACAUUCUGAAGGCCGCAUGGAGCCCUGCAUGGACUUUACAAUCUGCGUGUAUGGCGAUUAGGCUGCUGCUAUCAAAUCCAGAACCUACUAGCCCAUUAAAUUGCGAUGCUG